GAUAGCACAAUGUACCGCUGUGAACUAUCUGUAUCGCCUCUAUCUGUGUAUCUAACAAGACCGGAUCGGUGGUUUCCUUUCUCGGAGAAUCUAAAUCGCCCGUAUCUAUCAGGUGGAUAUGGAGACCGGAGGGAAAGUGAAAAAGGGGGCUGGAGGGAGGAAAGGUGGAGGUCCAAAGAAGAAGCCCGUUUCAAGGUCGGUCAAAGCGGGUCUGCAGUUUCCCGUUGGGAGAAUCGGGCGUUACUUGAAGAAGGGGAGAUAUUCCGAGCGGGUUGGAACGGGCGCUCCAGUUUACUUGGCUGCAGUGCUCGAGUACUUGGCUGCUGAAGUGUUGGAAUUGGCUGGGAAUGCAGCUCGAGAUAACAAGAAGAAUAGAAUAAUACCAAGGCACGUAUUGCUGGCUGUGAGAAACGAUGAGGAGCUGGGAAAGUUGCUUGCAGGUGUAACCAUUGCUCAUGGAGGUGUCCUUCCUAACAUUAAUCCUGUUCUGUUACCCAAAAAGACUGAGAAAGCCACCAAGGAACCCAAAUCUCCCACAAAGGCCACAAAGUCCCCCAAGAAGGCUUAAGUUCCCUUUUCUUCUUUAUCUCAGAGCCAAUUUAGGUGUUUAUCUCUUCUGCUCUUAAUGUAUGUAAUUUUGUGAUUAGGGUUCAGUUAUUUUGUUGAUGUUUAGAGGAAAGAUGAUGCAUCUCAAACAUUGUGUAGUCCUUUGAUCUUUAUGAUACUAUCUUAGAACUGACAUUUAUGAUUUAAUGAAUGAAACUACUUGUUUCUGUUUUUCA